AUGGACUAUUCUAUACACCUCCCUAACGCAAAUUAUUCAGUCAGUAGUCACUUUGGAAAUUUCACUGUUCACCAAACGAAUAAUAAUAACACUGGACGAAAACGAGCUCGUAGUGACAGUAUGAACAAAAGCGACCAAGCCCAGAAAACUUCCCGGCUACUGAGUCCACCACGACAACGCUUUCCUCCAACAUUGUCUUGCUGCAGCGAGGUUCGUCUUAACCGGUCAAAUUCCAUCAGUGAACUAAGUUGCAAGACUCAGUUAUUGGCAGUCCAGGAUCCAAGACUGGCAGACCCAAUGGAUUGCGACAUAACGUCAUUUGAAUUAGAGGGUGACAUGAUUCAACCGCCUGGGUCAACAGCAACACCACCAUUGUCACACUCCUCCUCACCCACACGAGCGCAACGUGUCUAUCACCGUCAAACGCACGUACCCAGUUUGGUCUAUACAAUGGGACGUAGAGCAGAUUGUGAGAGAUGUCGUUUGCGUGUUCCAGGGCAUUUUGCUCACGUCAUCAACCAAUAA